AUAUGUUGAAUAUUUUCAAAAAAUCAUGAAUGGGCUCCAUCCUGAUCUAGAAAAUUUGCAAAUUUUGAAUACCGGCUACUCUGUGGAUAAUUUACAUCGAUUUACACGUCUCAGAAAAUUGCGUAUAAGCGCCGAUAUAAGUGCCGACGUUUUAGUUGAAUGUUGCAAAGCAAAUCCAGAUCUAGAAAUUAUAAAUCUUUUGGGAUCUACAAUUUAUGGAAAACUAGCAGAUAUUGUUCCGUAUUGUAACAAAUUGUUGGAUCUCUCUAUAACUCUAAAGGCCAAUGCUGUUGAAUACGUUCAUCUGGCAAAACUUCCACAUCUAAAGUAUUUGCGGUUAAACGGCCAACACGAUAUCGGAUCCUUGCAGCAGGUGUUCAGAGCGUUCGCAUCUAAUGAAUCACAGAUUCUUAAAUGGUUGUACGUCGAACCACUUAUUAAUUUUGAUGAAACUAAGGAACUGAUUGGCAUUAGAAGCCUGUCAAAACUAGAGUAUAGUUAUAACGAUAUCAGGAGCCUUGUAGCAUUGUCACAGCUAAAUAACUUAAGGACACUACAAGUGAAAAAUACGCACAGCUUCCCAUAUCAACCAGUGGCUGGAAACGAAAUUAUAGAAGCGUUUUUAAUUAUUUUACAAAGGUGCCGAAAAUUAGAGGUAUUUUUUCUCCAUUGGUAUAUUAAGAAGCACUUUAUUAGCAACGUCGGUGAACUUUUGAAAAAAGUUCGAGAUCCUGAAACUCAAUUGUCACUCAAAUUAAUAGGUUAUGAAAACACUAAGUUUAUCACAGAAAAAGACAAAAAAAUGUGGAAAAAAUUGUAUGGAAAAUAUAUGAGGGUGAUACUGGCUAACCGUUCUAAUUUUGAAGACAAGACCGAAUCCGAAACUCCUCCUUCACCUCCACCAGCAGACCUAUAUUAUGGCUAAAAGGAUUUUAAAAUACCCACUAAUUUGUGCAUAAAGAUGUAGCCUAAGGUCAGUCAUAUUUUUGAAAAAAAAAACAUUUUCUAAAAAUAAAAAAAUACAAAUACGU